AUGGAUGUAUUGUUCUACUACCUACGGAAGAUUGGUGUGUAUGGUACUAGUGCUGAGGUUAGGUACACGACGACUGAUGUGAUGUUUGACCAACACAUAAAGUCGUUAUAUGUUGUCUACCUGUCACAGUCCUGCAAUACUGCUCAAUGCAGUGUUCAUGAUAUUAUCACUGACUACAUUAUGGGUUAUAGACUUAUAUGCGGAAAGUCAUGGUUUGAUGUUGACCACAUCUUGUUUCCAAUGCACGUAGAAGUCAAUGGUAUUGGUCAUUGGAUACUGGGUAUAUUGACAUUAAGCAAUAUGAAUUUUUGGGUUUAUAACUCGUACCGGUCAGUUGAAGUUGAUGAGAUUGUUUUAGAAAGUGUGCAGGCGUAUGUUAGAUUGCUUCCAAUUUUUCUUGCCUUGGUGAAAUUUUAUGAAAAAAGGAUUGACGUCAAUACUGAUGCUGGGGGUCGCAUACCAACAGACGUUAAAAGUCCAUUCGAGGUUUUGAUGGCGGCCAACAUCACACAACAACGGGAGAGCGAUUGUGGUGUUUUCGUUGCAUCUUACGCUGAGCACUUCAUAACCGAUGUUGACAUUACUACGAAGAAGUUUAAUGUUGAUAUCAAGCGACAAAGGUAUACCUACUUGUUGUACACACACGGUAGAAUGAAGCAGAGCAAUGGCUAUGAAAGUUAUGAUGACCCUCCCGGAUCAAUGCCCGAUGACGUCCGUUUUAGUCUAUUAGCUUGA